CAAGAGUCGGUCUGUCAGUGAAUAAGUAGUCGCCAACAAUACAUCCUUUUUGGGAAAACUCUCGAAGUUCUGGUAGUAUCACUUGAAUAAUGCAACAGCUAUGGCUUCAAACUCCAUGCUGAAGGAUCGAAUCAGGGUCGCUCAAGAGCUACUGGAACGAGUGGAUAAGCUAUGUAGCCGACAACCCUGUGAAGUGGAGGGGCGGGCAAAACUGUGCAGCAAGCUUCGAGCUGAGCUCAGAUUCCUUCAGAAAGUUGAGGCAGGUAAAGUUGUUAUCAAAGAGUCUCAUCUGCAGAGCACCAACCUUACCCAUCUUAAAGCCAUUGUUGAGUCAGCUGAGAGUCUGGAAGAUGUGGUGAGUGUGCUGCAUGUGUUUGCCUAUGAGGGUCCUCAUGGGCAGAAGCAGACGCUGGUAGUCGACGUGGUCGCCAACAGUGGGCACACGUGGGUAAAAGCCAUUGGGCGCAAGGCAGAAGCUUUGCACAACAUCUGGCAAGGCCGUGGCCAGUAUGGGGACAAAAGUGUGGUGCACCAGGCAGAAGACUUUCUUGAAGCUAGCCGCCAGCAACCUGUGCAAUACAGCAACCCCCAUAUCAUUUUUGCCUUUUACAAUGGUGUUUCCAGUCCCAUGGCUGACAGGCUUAGGGAGAUGGGCAUCUCUGUUAAAGGAGAUAUUGUGGCUGUGAAUUCUGUGAGAGGGACUGAAGAUGAAGACAGGGAGGAGGAGAGUGAUGAAGAUGAAGAUGAAGAUGGGCAGUGUGUUGAAGAGCAGGAAGGUGAAGAUGAAGGUGGAGAGAAGAACGAUGAUGAUGAGGAUGAGGAUGAUGAGGAUGAGGAUGAUUCAGCGAUAAUGCACACACGAGUGGACAGGGACACCAUUGUGGCCAGUCUCUCUUUCCCUACUGAGGUUAAGGUGGAUGUGUGUAACAGAGCAAACUUGGACAUCACAACACUUAUCACUUAUGUUUCUUCGCUCAGUCAUGGCCGCUGUCACUUUGCUUUUAAAGAGGUGGUGCUGACAGAGCAAGCAGCCCAAGAGCGACAGGAGAAGGUUCUUCCCAAGCUUGAGGCGUUCAUGCAGGGCAAGGAGCUCUUUGCCUGCCAUUCUGCAGUUCAGGACUUUCGUAUCAUACUGGACACACUAGGAGGUCCUGGAGAGAAAGCUCGGGCUGAAGAGCUCCUGGCCAGACUCAGGAUUGUUCCAGAUCAGCCUUCUGAACGUACAAAACGUCUAGUUACCAGCUCUAAGGUUAACCGUAGAUCGCUUAUGAUCUUUGGGACUGGAGAUUCGCUCCGGGCUGUUACCAUGACCGCAAAUAGUGGCUUUGUCCGAGCGGCUGCAAACCAGGGUGUGCGUUAUAGUGUGUUCAUCCACCAGCCUCGUGCACUUACAGAGGGCAAAGAGUGGAGGGCAACACCUGUAUGAAAAGAGGCGAUGACGUUUGAUUUCUAGAGAGA